AUGUCUGUUAGCGAUAACUCUACCUUGGACGUGUCGCACGACAAUGAUGGUUUGGGCGGAUAUGCGUAUGGCACGGGAGACUUAGCAGUCAGUCCUGAAGAAGUCUCCCCCUAUGCAACUACACAGAUGGUCUCACUGGAAGUUGGACCAGAAGCAAUUCGCUUCCUCGUCCACGACAGCGUCUUGAGCCGUAGCGAGGUUCUUGCCGCAAAGUCCUAUCCACUGGCCUUCGUGAAGCAGUCCGUACUUCUCCCGGAGCUGGAUCUGAACACAGCGCACACUCUGGUACACUACUUGUACACCGGCAAAUACCAAAGUCUCAACACACUGGCAUCAUCCGAUAAGGUCAUACCCGAAGUGUACAAACUCGGUGCCGGUGUAUACUGCGCUGCCGCUCGCUACAAGCUACCAGGUCUCGCUGAGCUUGCCCAGAACAAGCUAAAGUCUCUCGACGAAGAGAUGAGCAUCUUCGAUAUCCUCACUGUAGCGAGAGACCAUGCGUUUCCUUUGCUACCGGAGGAUGAUCUGUGGUAUCCCAGCUAUGUCGAACAGUCGCUUAACAAUGCCAUGGCAGACGAUCCGGAGCCGUUCCGUAAGCCGGACUUCAUUACGACGGUGGAGGGUAACAGCAGGCUUCUGCAACUCGUCUGGAAGACUGUGAUGAGUAACUACGCCCGAGCACCUGCCACACCAGUCAUCAGUAACGAAGAAGCCACUACUCCAACGGCUGAGCUUGUGCCGGAGCUGAAUGAGCCGGUCAGCGGUGAAGCCAAUGUUCCUAUCACCGCGCUACCAAAGCAGGAAGACGCAAAAGAAACUGCCACGAAACUGGUGUCAGCGCCUGCUUCAGAGGAUGUCGUCGAGAAAGCACCAGUCGCAAAUGAAGCAAUCGUUUCAAAGCCAACUGAAGAAGUCGCUCCAAAACUCGAAGACGCCCAACCAGUAGAAAAGCCAGCAACGCUCGAGCCCUUCACAGACGAGCUGGACUUCAAGUCCUCAAAGACGUACCAGCAAAUGGGCAACAGGAAGCCAGAACCAGUCAAUACUAGUGAUGCCGUCUCAGAGACGACCAAAACUCCCGUUCACGUGCGUUCAGACUCGGUGAUGCAGGCCGAGCUGCCCUCGAUGACUCUUGUCGAUGGGGAGACGAAGACUAAUGGUGCUGCGCAAGCGGAAGAAGGGACUGAGCGAGCACUUGCUGAUCUGGAAGAAUUGGAAGCACUUGGAGCACAAGGAAAGAAGAAGAACAAGAAGAGGGGUAAGAAAUCAAAGCAGUCUCCUUUCGAGCCUAUCUUGUAG